AAAAGGGAGAAGAUUAAGGAUCUUUCUUUGCCCCACACUGGCUACUCCUCUAAGCCUAAAAGCACCCUGAAGAGUUAUGAGAGAAGAAUAUGAGAGAUGCGUCGAUUUUAACCUGACCUUAGCCCUUGACACCGAGAAGGAAUACUUGCUAAACAGAGAUAUUUAUCCCUUCUCCUGCCCAUUCAAAACUGACGUGACUUCAUGCUCUGCUUCUGCCAUCCAGCUGACGGAAGACGCAUUUAGACAUUUUUUCCCCUCUGCAUUGAAAUGAAAUUCAAGAGAUUGCUUUCCCCUCCCUCCUUACCUUCUCCAAGAGGCUUGCCUUAUCAUAUCAUGCCAGAUGGGGCCAUGCGUUGAACAUCCCUUGGAGAUUUUUUUCAAAAAGGAAGAAAUCAUGUUAGCCUGGAAAAGUCUCUUUCAAGGUUUGCCUGUUCCUUCCCCUUAGCCAGCACUAGGAAUAAAGUUGCAGAAAAGGGGGGGGGGAUGUUGGAAUGAUUGACAGCUCUGAACUAUAGGCUCAUCCCUUACCUUAGGCCAUGCAAUCUGAUUGGCUGUCCCCUGACAUCCCCAAAGCACAGCACUUUUAAUAGAAGCUUUGGGUAGAUUGUCCGGGGGUGGGUGGGGGAAAGGGUUCAGUGAGGUUCACUUCUGACAAGGCAGAAAGUCAUUUCCCCCCCACUUCAGGGGGACUCUCUUGGGCUAUUAAGGGUUUGUGCAUAGAGGAGUGGGAUGGGUAAGAGGACAGAAAGAAUCUGACUUCUUAUUUGUUUUCUGUUUUUUACAAAAAAUUGUCCUUAAAUGUUUUUCGGCAAACUUCGUGGAGAGUGGUCUUCUCCUCGCCACCACGCCUGGACUAAUGGAUUACCACCUGCUUGGAUUAAUUUUAUCUUUUCUCUUUGGUGACGCAAAGGUCUUAGCCGGUUACCCCAUUUGGUGGUCCCUUGCAUUAGGCCAACAGUAUACUUCGCUGGGGUCUCAGCCAAUCCUGUGUGGUUCGAUUCCUGGCUUAGUGCCUAAACAGCUUCGGUUCUGCCGUAACUACAUUGAAAUCAUGCCCAGUGUUGCUGAAGGUGUGAAGCUGGGAAUCCAGGAAUGCCAACACCAGUUCCGUGGACGGCGUUGGAACUGCACCACCAUUGAUGACAGCUUGGCCAUUUUUGGGCCUGUCCUAGAUAAAGCCACCCGAGAAUCUGCCUUUGUCCAUGCCAUUGCAUCAGCAGGCGUGGCAUUUGCUGUGACACGCUCCUGUGCUGAAGGCACUUCUACCAUCUGUGGCUGUGACUCACAUCACAAAGGUCCACCAGGCGAAGGAUGGAAAUGGGGUGGUUGCAGUGAGGAUGCUGACUUUGGAGUGCUGGUUUCGCGAGAGUUUGCCGAUGCCCGAGAAAAUCGCCCGGAUGCCCGCUCAGCCAUGAACAGGCACAAUAAUGAAGCUGGAAGAACAACUAUCUUGGACCACAUGCACUUGAAAUGCAAGUGCCAUGGCCUCUCUGGCAGUUGUGAGGUUAAAACUUGCUGGUGGGCCCAGCCGGAUUUCCGGGCCAUUGGCGACUAUUUGAAGGACAAAUAUGACAGCGCUUCCGAGAUGGUGGUGGAAAAACACCGAGAAUCUCGUGGGUGGGUGGAAACAUUGCGUGCCAAGUAUGCCCUCUUCAAGCCACCAACUGAGCGCGACUUGGUCUACUAUGAGAACUCACCCAAUUUCUGUGAGCCCAACCCUGAGACUGGCUCUUUUGGCACCAGGGACAGGAUGUGCAAUGUCACUUCACAUGGGAUCGACGGGUGUGAUUUGCUCUGCUGCGGCCGUGGACAUAACACCAGGACAGAGAAGAGGAAGGAGAAAUGCCAUUGCAUAUUCCAUUGGUGCUGUUAUGUUAGCUGCCAGGAAUGCAUCCGGGUUUACGAUAAUCCCAUGGUUCAGCUAAAGCAGAACAUGGAAGAGAAAGAGGGACUGCCAAGAUAUUCCACAGAGACAGCUCCAACUCCUGAAAACCGAGAAGAAGCACAUUCUUUCUAG